AUGUCAGAGGCACAACUUUUUAUUUCAACUUUCAAUUGUGGAAAGAAGACUCCAACAAAUGCCGAAUUCACUAAGCACCUAAACGAGAAAUUACCGGAAGAGGCUUCUGAUCUCUAUGUAUUUGGAUUCCAGGAAGUGACAUCCAUUCUAGAUGCAACCGAUGAGAAUGUUGUAAAUAAAAAGUUAAUAUGGAUUGCUGAUAAUUUGAUAACCUGUUUAGAAAACAGAUACGAGAUGCAGUCUUUUGCUGUGGUCUCGAUUGCUCAUUUUGGGGCUGUCGGCCUCAUCAUCGUAUCACCAUUUAUCUCCAAGAUCCACAAAAUUUACAAGUCAAGGGGGUACCCCGUUGGAACUUUCUGUACUAACCUCAAGGGGGGAGUUGGUGUUAGAUUGACAUAUGAAUCGGCGGAGUUCACUUUUGUGUGUAUGCAUCUCAACGCUGGAGAAAAGGUACAACACAUGCUCCGAAGAAAUCAGGAUCUAUACAAUGUUUUCAGCAAACUGAUCUUUGAUGAUGGAUGGUGUGUGCUAAAGCCAGAUGCACAUUGCUUCAUAUUUGGAGAUCUUAAUUAUCGUGCAACAGGAGCCUUUGGGCUAGUUCCGAAAGGACUCGAUUUUGAUGAGACGGAGAACAGAGAAGGGACAGAAAAUUGUGAUCCAGCUUUUAUUUUCAAGAAAGAUGAAUUGUCUCUUUUGCAAAAAGGCGGCUUGAUUUUGCAAGAUUUUGAAGAGCCUGCUAUUUGUUUUAAACCAAGCUACAAGUUUCAUAUUGGAACAAAAAACUACCACAGGAACAGAAUUCCUUCCUACUGUGACCGGAUCUUGUAUCUCGGAUACCCUGAAUCUUCCAAAACACCGAAAUACAAAGCAGUUGCGUAUGAUACUAUUACCGAAUGUCUCUUUUCUGACCAUCUUCCUGUUUACAUGAUUGUCAAUGUGAGCCUCACAGCUCCGGAAAGAAUCAUCAACGAUGCUGGAUAUUUGAUUGAUAGAACCACUCAGCUAAAUGAGUUUAGCAAGAGCUACAAGGCUGUGGGAUAUAGUCGUUACAUAUUGAGAGUGUCUUCUUUCACCACAUCUAUGCUCGGCACACUGCUGUACCUCUCGACUACAAACAGAGGCAGAAUGGUAAGCUUGGCGUUUGCAAUUCUGGUAUAUACCCUUUUAAAAUGGAAAGAACUUUUAUAG